CUUGGGAUCAGCUGGUUUGGGAGCCACGGGAUCCCUGGGAUCAGCCGGAUCGGGAUCAGAGGGAUCCCUGAAAUCAGCGGGAUCGGGAUCAGCCGGAUCAGCAAAACCAGCGGGAUCCCCGAAAUCCUUGGGAUUGGCUGGAUCGGAGUCAGAGGGAUCAGCGGGAUCCGUGAAAUCCUUGGGAUCAGCUGGAUUGGGAUCGGGGAAAUCAUCUGGAUCGGGAUCAGUGGGAUCAGCAGGAUCAGGAUCUGCGAAAUCAGAGGGAUCCACUGGAUUGGGAUCAGUGAAAUCAUCUGGAUUGGGAGCCACGGGAUCCCUGGAAUCAGCAGGAUCGGGAUCAGCAAAAUCCUUGGGAUCGGCUGGAUCGGGAUCAGCGGGAUCCCUGGAACGAUCAGGAUCGGCGGGAUCGGCAUCCGCGGGAUCCACCGGCUCAGGAUCCCUGGAAUCCUCGGGAUCCUCAUGAAUUCCUGAGGGGCUGCAAAGGCCGGGAUGGAUCCGGCCGGGAUCCCAAGGGAUCCUUCCCUAAAUCCCUCGGGAAUCUUUUCCCUCCCCAUCCCUCGGGAACCCCUCCCCGCUCCGUUCCACCGGAAUUCCUGGAAUUCUGCCGGGAUUCCUUUGGGAUUUCAGCGAUUUGGGCUCGGGAAUCCCUUCCCAAGGAUUUUCCCGACGGAUCAGCACCAGGAGCCACCCAGGAGGGAAAUUCCAGGCGUUUUCCUGGGAAGAUUCCCGGGUUUUGUGAGGCCAUCCCGUGGAUUUCUGAGCAGAUUCCCGGUUUUUGUGGAAAUAUUCCCAGGUUUUCUGAUGUUAUCCCAUAGAUCUAUAGAAAUAUUCCAGAGUUUUUAUGGAAAUAUUCCCAAGUUUUAUGGAAAUAUUCCCAGGUUUUGUGAUGAUAUCCCAUAGAUUUAUGGAAAUAUUCCCAGUUUUUAUGGAAGUAUUCCCAAGUUUUAUGGAAAUAUUCCAAGGUUUUGUGUUAUCCUAUAGAUUCAUGGCAAUAGUCCCAGGUUUUAUGAAAAUAUUCCCAAGUUCUUAUGGAAACAUUCCAAGGUUUUAUGACAAUAUUCCAUAAAUUCCUGACAAUA